UGCCGAUUAAAUUAAACGUAAUUUAGAGAAACAAAAGAAAUUACGUCGCAAUAACAGCUUGAUAUGAAGAGUUGAACUUGCGAUCACUCGACGUUUUCGGAAAAAUAGUGUAUGCAUAAAGGCCGUUUUGGUUUGACUCAAAUACUGCCGUAAUUUGUGGAUCCUCAUUGGAGCAAAAUCUGAGCAAUUGACCUCUUUGAAUUGCAAUUAACAUCAUAUUGAGUCUACCACAGACAAGUUAACUUCCGUUGAAAAUGACGAUUUUAGUGACGUUUUUCCUCAGCUGUUCAGUCAUUAUCGGCAUGAUUGGUGCGUCCGAGAAGUUCCACGAUUGUGACGUGUACAGCGAUGAGGCCAACAUUCCGACCGAGAACACCUACUGCAUAAAGGACUUCGAAGACGGCAAAUUCUACUGUAAAUCCUGGACAUGCGCUGAUCCGGACUGUCCCGAGGAGCAGCAGCUGGCCCAGGAAGGGUCAUCCUGUCCAAUCUGUCCAGAUACCUGCACUAACGGAGGUAUAAUCUUCGACAAAGGUGACAGCAUUAAGUGUGUCGAUGGCUCCAACAAAUGCACCUGUACAGACACCGGGGUGGUUAUUUCCACUCGAAAAGGAACAAAUAAAUUUUGGCUUUGUGGUGUACCUGAAAACUAAAUAUUAAAGAAAUCGUUAAAAUUUUA